AUGCUUUCAGCUUCAGAAUCGGCUUUUAUUUUUUUUAUCUCAUUGUGUAUUGUUAUUUCAUUAAUUUUAUUAUUAGCUGGUAUUCAUUGUUUCUUACAAUGUAGAAGUUAUAGAAAUGAUAAUGAAAAUAGUGAUUCUAACUUAUUUGAUAUUAUAGACCUUGAUAAAUUAAUUGGAAGAUAUGAAUUUAUUGAAAAAGAAAGAUUGAAAAGACAAUCUGAUAAUGGAAAUAUUUAUAAACAAGAAAUAAUGCCUUUUGAGUGUUUAAAGGAUAAGAUGUUUGAUGGUGAAUUGUAUAAUAAUAUUAUGAUUAUGAAAAAAUUAUCAACAUCAACUGAAGAGAGUACACUUCCAAUUUACUCAAGUAUUGAUGAAGAAAAUGAAAAAAUAAAUAAAGGUACUUCAAAAGAGAUAUCGGAAGAUGAUAUUAAAACUACAAAUAAUGUAUUAGAAUAUCAAAGGACAUGGAAAGGAUUAGAUGAUGAUUUAAAAAUGAUACCAUUUCCUAUGUUUAUUGAUGUUGAAUGCCAGACAACUGAAACAUUGGAUAAAGUAACAGCAAAAGAGGUUCUUAAACAAUUAUUAGGUUUUGAUAAAACAACAAAAUCUUUAGAGACAUUAGUUUAA